UCUAGUUUUUUCAAAAGACCCAAACCCAUGUGUAUAUACAUGUACAUAUAUAUACAUAUAUAUACCAUACACCAUUUUGGCUGCAAUGCUAGUGAUUAUAUGCUACUAUUUAUCUUUGUCUUUAAUUUAUGCAAUAUUUUAGAUUAGGUAAAAAUGAGUCAACAAAGGAAUGAUGGAUGUGAUGAAGCCCCCCAAACAGAGAAGGCAAAUUGGGAGCAGGCUUUGACUGCUAUUUUUCUUGAAAUUUGUGUUGAACGAGUGAAGGCCGGUGAUAGACCUAACACUCACUUUACUCGUGAUGGGUGGAAGAAAAUAAUUUCUUCUUUCUUUGACAAGACUGGUAAGCUAUAUGACCAGCCACAAUUCAAAAAUAAAUGGGACAACCUUAAGAAAGAUUGGCGAGUUUGGGAGAAGUUAGUUAUAGGGGAGACUGGUUUAGGAUGGGAUAACACACGUGAAACAGUGGUCGCUGACAAUGAAUGGUGGGAACGUAAAAUUAAGCAAGACAGAAGGUGCGCAAAGUUUCGAAAUCAUGGGAUUGAGAAUCGAGAAGCACUUCAAUUUCUGUUUGGGGGACAAGGAGCAACCGGGUUAUAUGCUCUUAAUCCAUCAGCAAAUGAACCUGAAGUUCCAGAUGCAGUACAACCUGGAAAUGAUGAUGUACAUCUAUCUGAACCAGAUGAUUCUAAUGAUCCAGAGUAUGAUGCAGGUGCUGAUGUAGGUGAGGUUAAUAGUAGUCCUACCCCUCCCGUGCGUGUAGGAAAUCCAAGACGAAGGUCAAAUGCACAAGGCAAUCGGGGUAGACAGAAGAGGCGUGUUAAUGAUGUCAGAGCUGAGAUUAGCCAAUCAUUUUCCUUACUUGCAUCUGCGGUACAGAGUCGCACACAGUCCACAGCCCAAUCUUGUCUACAUGGUUGCAUUGAGGAUGUAUGUUCUCGAUUGGAGGAGAUACCUGAGACAGCAAAUGGUGGUCCUUUGUUAGCUUUUGCCCUGAAGUUGUUUGAAAAUAAAGAACAUCGAAUUUACUUCAAUGGGAUCAAUAGGCCGGAGUGGCAGGUCACUUGGUUGAAGAUGAAGUAUGAAGAAGUUCAUGGACCAGGAUCUGCUGAUCAUCUUUAG